AUGGCGUCAGAAGGGGACGAAAGCUUCAAGCUCGGGUCUGGGCAGUCGGUCGAGUCGCCUUCCGUUGCGCCACAGCAGCCGGAUCAGGGCACAGCGGCAGCCGGGCCGGCGUCUGACAUGAACGACGGUCCAGAGGCUAGGAGGGAUGCCAUGGAGGUCGACAAGGAGCUCUCGACUGAGACUCAAGGUGUUGACGCUGCCGCCGCGACGACGGCAGCGACGGCGACGACAGCGACGACGUCAACGAGUGCGGACGCCGACAACGGGCAGCUUGGCACGCCUUCGACGUCGACAAUGCCGGCUGCAGAUGCGGUGCCAUCGCAGAUGGAUGCAGAGCCGGGCUCAGGGCCAUCUCUGGAACAGUCGCUCUUGGUCGUCACGGCGCCGUACGAGACUGGACUGGUUCAACACGCCGCCGCGGGGAUAGAGGCUGGGCCUGGGCAGCAGGAUCUGAUCAGCGGGCCCUUGACGAGCAUUCCCGGAGAGAUGCUCGGCGUCCACCUGCAAGAUACGGCCAUCGAGGGCGGCGAGGCGCUCGGCCCACAGCAGCACGUCCUGGCUCCCGAUCAGUACGCCGCGGUCGGCGUCAACGGUACGAUGCCCUCGAUGCUGGCGAGCUCCACCAUCCCGCUCGAGGAGGAUGCCUCGGGGGAUCUCUCGACGUCGUCCAACGAGACGCUCACGCUGACGUCGACAGUGUCAAGAGGCAACUAUCACCAGUGCGGCUCGGCGCGGCGGGUCAAGGUGUACGAGCUCCAGGGCGAGAUCUGGCACGACCGCGGAACCGGCUACUGCGCCGGCGUUUACGAUGAGACGGUCGACGAGGCGCUGCUGGUGGCCCGCAAGGAGGACAAGUGCCAGUUCCUCGAUGGAGUUGACAUCCAGAGCGACCUCGACGACGACGAGGCUGGCAUGGCGGACCUCGGCGGCGAAGGUCUCGGGCAUCGCGAGGGCGGCGUCAAGGAGCGACCGUGCCAGUUCGUUGUCGUCGUCAGCGAGAACCUGGAGACCGAAGACGUGCUGCUGGCGUCCAAAGUGGUCCGCGAGGAGGUCUACCAGAGGCAGCAGGAGACGCUCGUCGUCUGGACCGAACCCGGCGGAGCGGACAUGGCGCUCUCGUUCCAGGAGCCCGAGGGCUGCAACGAGGUGUGGGAGUUCCUCACCGAGGUCCAAAAGCACUUUGCCCGGCUCGCCGAGGAGGCGCUCUCCGACUCGCCGCCGACGACGCCCAACCAGCAGCCGAUGACGGGUGCGCUUGGCGUCUCGGGAUCCGGCUUCGGCAUGGACAGCUUCGUCAGCCACGACGGCUCCUUUGUUGGGCUGCCGGACCCCGAAUUGGGCAACCUCGACGCCAUCGAGAUGACGCUCAAGGACGCCGCCACCCGGAGCCCCUUCAUGCGCGAAAAGGUGGCCAUCUGGCUGCUGCGGGAGCACUAUAUCAAGAAGCUGAUCCCGGUCUUUGAGGACGCCGAGGAGCUCGAGGCGCUGCCGUCGCUUCAUCUCCUCUGCCUCAUCAUGCAGACGAUCCUGAUGCUCAACGACAACGUCAUCUUCGAGUACGUGCUGCAGGACGAGGUGUUUUUAGGCGUCGUCGGCAUGCUCGAGUACGACCCCGAGUUCCCGCGCCUCAAGGCCAGCUACCGCGACUACCUCCGCGACCGCGCGCAGUUCAAGCAGGUGGUCGAGAUCGCCGAUCCCAUGAUCGUUGCCAAGAUCCACCAGACCUACCGCCUCCUCUACCUCAAGGACGUCAUACUGGCACGCGUGCUCGACGACCCAACGUUUUCCAUCCUCAACUCGUUUGUCUUUUUCCACCAGAGCGAUAUCGUCAAUUACUGCGGCCAGAACGAGGCGUUCCUCGGGCAGCUCUUCGGCCUGCUGGGCAGCCCGGACGAGUCCGACGAGCGCAAGUCGGAGGGCGUCCUCUUCCUGCAGCAGCUCUGCGGCAUGGGCAAGCAGAUCCAGUUGCCGGCCCGGCUCGCCCUAUACCGGACCCUAUCCGAGCGCGGCCUGCUCAAGGUGGUCCAGUACGCCCUGGAGCGCCUCGAUCAGCACAUCCGCAACGCCGCCGCCGAGAUCCUGAUGACGAUCAUCGAAUACGACGCCAACGGCGUGCGCAGCCACGUCGUGGCCCAGGUCGACCAGGGCGAGCGACCGCUGAUCAGCAUGCUCAUCGACCUGCUCCACGCCGAGGAGGACCUCGGCCUCAAGGCGCAGAUGGCGGAGGCAAUGCGCAUCAUCUUUGAUGUCGGCGAGGGCGGGCCGAUGGCGGCUCAGGCCCAGCUGCUGGGUAGCGUCGUCAACAGCAAGAUCAAGGCCGACUCGGAUCGGGACCGCUUCCUCACGUGGAUCUACGAGACCGAGAUCGCAAGGCUGUGCUCGCCCUUCAACUCGCUGCCGGACGUCCGCGUGCUGUCCAAGGGCGAGAAGCUUGCCCCGCAACCGCGCGCCCGCUCCGCCCUCUACGGCCACCUCUGCGACCUGCUGUGCUACAUGAUCGUGCACCACACCUUCCGCAGCCAGUACUUUGUCCUCACGUCCGAGAUCUCGAAAAAGGUCGGCUCGUUGCUGCACUCCAAGGAGAAGCACAUCCGUCUCUCGGCGCUGCGCUUCUUCAAGCACUGCCUCGCGAGCAACAACCAGUUUACCAACCGCCACUUCAUCAAGAUCGAGCUCUUCUCGACCAUCCUCGGCUUGGUCGAGUCCGAGGCCGACAGGAACAAUCUGGUCUGCUCUGCCUGCCUCGACUUUUUCGAGCUGAUGAGAAAGGCCAAUAUGAAGCAGCUCAUCAACCAUUGCAUGGAGCGUCACGGCGCCAGGAUGCGCCAGCUUGCAUCUUCGCCCAAUGUCGGCGCCUGCUUCUCCGCCAUCGUAUCUCAGUGGGAGAAGAAUGUCGAGCCCGCCGUGGCCAGCUCCGACGACACGGCGACGGCGCAGGCUCAAGCCGAGGAAAAGGCCAGGCAGCAACGCGACCUCGCAAGGAGAGGAGCGACGCGGACCGAUAUGGACUCGGACGAGGAGAGCUACUUCAACACCGCCGACGACGAAGAGGACCAAGGAUCGUCUUCGACUAGUAGUGCAUCUGCGCCUACAAGCUCCAACGUCAUCGGACUCGUGCCCUACGACGACGACGACGAUGAUGACGACGACGGCGGAGCAGCCGCUGGCGCAGAGGCGUCGGCACCGUCGCCUCGGGAACAGCAGACGCCGCCGAAGCUCUCUGAAAAGCGCCGGCGAGAGGACGAGGAAGAGGAAGAGGAUAUGGUGGGACGCCUUGCGAAGCGGAAGAACGGCAAGCAAAAGACCAAGCAGAAGCGCGGCAGCGGCAACGAGGGCGACGACGGUUGCGACGACGGCACGCAGGAGCCUGGCGGUUUCAUCCGCAGCGUCGCCAACACCAUCAGCAGCACGUUUGGAGUGGGCAGCAACGGAGGAUCCGGACGCGGCAAGGGCAAGAACGGCGGCGGCUCGGCCUCUCCUUCUGGCACCUCGUCGGGCUCGCCCUCGCCGUCGGCGGCGAGAUCAGGGUCUCGAUCUGCCGGCUCGACACCGACAAAGGGGCCUGGGACGAAGGCCGAAGCGGGCGGUACGCCGUCGUCCAGCUCCGAUCCCGGCGCAUCGCCCAACCGACGGGGCAAGGACGCCGGCGGCAAGAAGGAGAAUGGGCACGCGGGCGUCGGCGGCAUCAAAAAGAUUUCCCUGGGGCUAUCGACGAGCUCCAAGAAGAUGGCGGCGCAGAGCAGCCCGGACGGCAGCGAUGCGACCGUGGGCAGCAAGAAGUGA